CUUCCGCUGCACGUGUGUUUAUUUCCAAUUUCUUGAAAUAUAACAAAUUCCAUCAAAAUGCCUAAGAAGAAGAAGAAGUUUAUAGACAAGAAGAAUUCAGUUACGUUCUCAUUGGUUCAUAGAAGUCAGCGUGAUCCUCUGAUUGCUAAUGAUGAUGUUGGAACCAGAGUUCUACUGCCUAUUAAUGAAAGGGAGGCUAGGAAAGAGGAAGAAAGAAAAUUUGGUGUGUUUUAUGAAGAUGAAUAUAAUUAUCUACAACAUCUUCGGGAUGCCAAUGAAAUUUCUGAGUUGGAACCGAUAGAGAGGAUCCGUAUCUCCAAAUCUGACAAGCCUAAACCGUCUACAUCUAAGAAAUCAGAAAAGAAAGAUGGUGAUAGGGAAGAAGAUGGCGAAGAAGAAGAAGAGGAAGAUGAGACGGAAACAGAAGAGAAAAAGACGAAAUCUAAUAUAACUUUACCAUCAUCUGUUUUUGGAUCAGAAGUUCAGGCUAAAACUGGAAUGUUGAAUAAAGCAGCUCCUAGGAAAGGUCCACUAAUUGAAUGGGAUCCUGAUAUCGUAGCUGGUCUUGAUGAUGAUUUUGAUUUUGAUGAUGAGGACAAUCUGCUAGAUGAUGAUUUUAUUACGAAAGCCAACGCUCCUGUUGAAGGGGAAGAGAACAUGGAAGGAGAAGAAAAUAAAGAAGAUGACUCUGGUUCAGAUUUUGAAACUGACGAAGACGAUAUGUUCAGUGAAAAUGAUGAUUUUGAUGGAGAGGAAAAUUUGGAUAAAGAAGAAACGAAAUCGCGAUUUACGAAUUAUUCUAUGACAUCAUCAGUGAUAAGGAGAAACGAAGGUUUAACACUUUUAGAUGACAGAUUUGAGAAGUUCUAUGAGCAGUAUUAUGAGGAAGAGAUCGGAGCUUUAGACACAGAAGAUAUCGAUGGUUCCAUUUCUACUAAAAGUGCCCUGAUGAAGGAAAUACUCAAAGACUUCCAGAAGGAUAGGAAGGAGAAAAAUAAAAAACUGCGAGAAAUUGUAGAUGAAAAAGAAAUCCUGAUUAAUGAAGAUGAUGUGGAUUCAGAAAAAGAAGAUGAUAUGAUGGAUCUUACUAUUGAAGAACCAAAAGAAAAAUGGGAUUGUGAAUCUAUUUUGAGUACCUAUUCUAAUUUAUAUAACCAUCCUAAAAUGAUAUCAGAACCAAAAAAGGACGGUAAAAUAAAAUUAACCUCCAGACUGGGAAUUCCGCAAGGUAGUCUAGGCUUACCAGGCUUAACACGGAAACAGAUAGAAAAAGAGAUGCGUGAAUCGCGGAAAGCUGACACUGCCAGUACAUAUAGACCGAAAGGGGAAACAACCGAAGAAAAGAAAGCGAGAAAACAAGCUGUUAAAGAUGAAAGAAAGGUUCGGAGAGCUGAGAAGAAAAUAAACAAACAGGCCUUCAACUCUGAAAAAUUACGACAAGAAAAAGAAAUUGUUAAUUUACAGAAAAACGUUCAGGGGAUCAAAAUGGCCUGAAAUGUGUUUUGUAUUGUUAAUAUUUGUAUAAAAUCUGUAAACUGGAGUUGAAGACAUUUUGUACUUUAUUUUCAAACCUUCUGAAGGCUUAACAUUAAGAGCUAUUAUUUUGCAUUUGAAAGAUAUUGAAUGACUUGUAACGGCUAACCUAUACUUGAUGUCCGAUAGAGGAUAUUGCUCCGUCAGUCAUGUCCGGCAAAUAGGGCCAAAUCAACAGCCCUGUAGCCAUGUCGUACAUAUUUUGUACAAUUUUUUUGUUUGUUAUUUCUAUCUGGUUUAUUUAUGUUUGAAGUUUUAAUUCAGUUUUGAACCCCAUCUCAGUUUGUAAAAAUUGUAAUGAAGAAUCUGUGUUUUGUAGUUUUCAUACAUCUCACUCUCAUUUGGGCAAAAAUUUAUCGCAACAUUUUUUGAGAAACAAACCCCAAAUUGGCUGUAAUAGAUCUUUGACUAUGAUUUAAACUUCAUUAGUAAUCAUUGUUAGGUUUUGAGUUUCUUUUUUUUGAUCAUGAAUAUUAAUGUAUUGUAAAUAUCUUAAAAGUUAUUAAAUG